AUGACAUUUAUCAAUCAUCUAUCUGAUAUUGUCAAUCUUCGUAAUAAAUAUUUUGGUGUACGUCAUGGUGAAUCUGAAGCUAAUGUAGCACAUCUUAUUAGUAGUGAUCCACAAAUAGGUAUUGAAUCUCAUGGACUUUCGCCAUAUGGUCGAUUACAAGUUAUUGAAAAUACAAAAUUAUUUCUUCAAAAUAAUCCUUCGAAUAAAUCUUAUAUAAUUAUUGCAAGUGAUUUUCGUCGUGCACGUGAAACAGCGGAUAUUCUUGCUUUAAAUCUUUCAAAUUUAAAUGAUGAUAAGCCAACUGUUCAAUUAGAUAAACGUUUACGUGAACGUUUCUUUGGUAUAUAUGAUGGUACAAGUGAUGAAAAUUAUAAUAUUAUAUGGAAAAAUGAUGAAGAUAAUCCAAUGAAAAAUCUUAAUGAUAAGGUUGAACCAACUGAAAGUGUUCAAGAACGAACAACAUCUUUAAUUAAAGAACUUGAAGAAAAAUAUGAAGGUCAAAUAAUUUUUCUUGUUAGUCAUGGAGAUGCAAUACAAAUAUUACAAACAGCUUUUGAACGUUUAUCAAAUGCAAAUCACCAACGACAUUUAAAACAUUUGGAACGAGCAGAAUUCCGACCAUUGGUACUUAAAUAA